AUGCCCAUUAACCAGAGAGUGGUAGAGAAAGAGCCUAGUAAAGAGGCAAACGCCAAGAAGAUUCAGGCCUGGUGGCGUGGCACGCUGGUGCGCAGGACUCUGUUGCAUGCAGCCCUCAGCGCCUGGAUCAUUCAGCGUUGGUGGCGCCAGAAGCUGGCGAGGCAGCUGUCUGUGAAGCUGCGGGAGGUAGUGCAAUACUACACAAUGCAAGAAUGGGCAGUGGUGAAGGUGCAGGCCUGGAUCCGCAUGUGGCAAGUCCACCGGUGUUACUGUCGCCUGCUCAAUGCUGUCCGCAUCAUCCAGGGCUACUGGCGUUGGCUACGCCGGUCGUUACUGCACGCGGCGCUCAGGGCCUGGGUCAUCCAGUGCUGGUGGAGGUCCAUACAGGCCAAGAUGUUGGAGAAGAGACGGAGACUGACACUGAGGCUCUACACCUGCCAGGAGUGGGCAGUGGUGAAGGUGCAGGCACAUGUUCGGAUGUGGCGGGCCCGCAGACGCUUCCUCCAGGUGCGCGAGGCCGCCUGCAUCAUCCAGGCUCACUGGCGCUGGCACACCAGCCAGACCCGAGGCCUCAUCAAGGGCCACUAUGAGAUCAGAGCCAGCCGGCUGGAGCUCGACAUCGAAAUCCUUUUGGCCUAA